CUUGUAAACAUCAACCCUGAUUAGUAAUUAGAGAUCAUUACAAAACCAUGACUCAAAAUAAUAUCCUCGUCACGGCAAUCUCUUUCCUUCUUUUUUCUACUCUUUCUCAUUGUCAAACCCUAACUUCCUCUGAAGCUCUUUGUGACUCCACACUUUACCCAUCCGUCUGUAAAUCUGUCUUACCCGUCGGAUCACCCGGUACGGUUCCCGGGUUUGUCCGCAUUGCCAUCAUAAAGUCACUAGAAGCUUCUAAAGAUCUUCUCGCCUCCUUCGACCAACAUCAUCCCACCUCAGGACCUCUUAACGAUUGCCAAUUACUCGCCGGCCUGACCGUUGACCACCUAACACGUGUGAACACCAUCAAGGAGAAUAUUUUCGGAAACUCUGAGGUCAACGAUCUGCUCACGCUGCUUAGCGCCGCCCUUACGAACUACGAGACAUGCCUAGACUCGGUUCAUGAGGUCGCCGGAAAAUCGUCAGAGAAUGUCGUUAACGGCCACGACGAUAUCCUUCGGAGGGUUUCGGAGGGUAUAAAGCUGAUUAGCGUCUCUCUUGCAUUGUCCAAGGAAGCUUGGCCGAUCACAUCUGAUGCUUCGGCGACAAAGCCACCGCCGAGGAUUCUGACGGAGGGGAAAAAGUUGUCUUCAUCGGAAGUUUCGUAUGUGAAGCUGACGGAACGAGAGAGAAUGAUCCACGAGAGAGUUAUGGUUGUUGGACGAAAGCUUCUUCAGUCUUCUCCCGUCGGCAAUGGUGGCUUUAAGGUGACCAAAACGGUGGUCGUUAACCCUAAUAGUGGAAAUGCUGAUGCAUUUAAAACCAUAAAUGACGCGGUGGCUGCUGCGCCGACAAAGGUAGAAUCUGGCAACGGAUACUUCGUGAUUUACGUUGUCGCAGGAGUUUACGAAGAGUACGUCACAGUUCCAAGCAACAAACCUUACGUGAUGAUCGUUGGUGACGGCAUUGAGAAAACAAUCAUUACAGGAAAUAGAAACGUCAUUGAUGGCUCCACGACUUUCGCAUCUGCUACACUCGCUGUUAUGGGAAAAGGCUUCAUCGCGGCGAACAUAACCGUGAGAAACACAGCUGGGCCUAACAAACACCAAGCUGUUGCCGUCCGCAACAGUGCAGACAUGUCAGCGUUUUACAAAUGUAGCUUCGAGGGUUACCAAGAUACGCUUUAUGUCCACUCACUUAGACAGUUCUACAGAGAAUGCGAUAUAUAUGGCACUGUAGAUUUCAUAUUUGGGAAUGCUGCCACGGUUCUUCAGAACUGCAACCUCAUUCCGAGGUUACCACUUCAAGGACAAUUCAAUGCCAUAACGGCCCAAGGCAGGAGUGAUCCAAACCAGAAUACCGGGAUUUCAAUACAGAAUUGUAGAAUUACACCUAGUGCUGAAUUGGUUUCAAGUAGUUUCUCUGUUAAGACGUAUUUAGGCCGGCCAUGGAAGGAGUACUCAAGGACGGUUUAUUUGCAAAAUUUCUUGGAUGGGUUUAUUGAUAGUAAAGGAUGGAUUGAAUGGAUGGGUGAUUUCGCUUUGAAGACAUUGUAUUAUGCGGAGUUCAAAAACACUGGACCAGGUUCAGAAACAGUUAAUCGGGUUAACUGGCCAGGUUAUCAUGUGAUCAAUGAAACUGAAGCUGUUUGGUUCACCGUUUCUAACUUUAUAGUCGGAGAUAGCUGGUUGCCGAACAUGGGAGUUCCAUAUGCCGGUGGCUUGAUGUAAUCUCCAAAAAGAUAAACUAUAUUAAACUUU